ACGACACUUCACGCACUUCGGCAUGGACGGGAAGGCCAAUUACAUCAAAACGGAACUGGUAAAGGAAGUGCUGAGCCAAAAUGAAUGUUUCCACGGGCUGGAAGUUGUAAGCAGCGAGCUGACCACCCCCAAGCAACUGGAUGGUUUCAUGUCGGUCAUCCAUCAGUUGGAACUCGGUGUGCGUAAUAAAGCGACCAGCGAAACAUCUACGGUGCGGCUGCUGGUGAAGGUGAUGAAGCGAGACGAUCUGUUUCGGAAGCAAAACCUCGGUCACGUGCUGUUCCCGAACGAGAUCAACAUCUAUGCGAACGUGUUGCCGCACUUCGAUCGCUUCCUGUCGGAGUCCGGAACGAACCUGCGGGCGUCCGAUUGGUGUCCCCGGACUUACCUAAGCGCAGCGGGAAACUUUCCGGGGUACAGCUCCCUGUUCGAGACGUUUCUCGUGAUGGAAAAUGUGUCGCCCAAGGGGUUCCGGAAUGGGCCACGGUUAGACCUGGACGAAGCCCAUCUUACGCUGAUGGCCGAAGUGAUUGCCAAAUAUCACGGUUGCUCGUACGCGUUGCGUAUCCGCGAUGGGCCCGCGCUGGACCGGCUCGUGGAGAAGAUUAUUCCACUUGACUUUCUGCGAAAUGGUCAAGUGUUUUUCGAGAGCUACGACGUGAUCUUCCGCCUGGCAGCCGAACGCCUGUUCCUGUACGUCGACGGGAACCCACACGAGCUGGACAACGCGCAGUUUACCCGCGACGUGAACGUGCUGCGCACGAAGUACGGUCCCAACCAGUCGCGGCUGAUGCAAACAUUCCUCGCCCGUGACCCGGUCUACUCGGUGAUCCUUCACGGGGAUUACAAUCGCAACAAUGUGCUGUUUCGCUACGACGCCGAUCAGCCGGUCGAUGUUUUGAUGAUCGAUUUCCAGGAAAAUCGCUACGGAUCGCCAGCCCUCGACUUGUCGUUCUACAUGUACAUGAACAUGACGCCCGAGCUGCGGGAGCAGUUUUGGGACGAACUGUUGUGCCGUUACCACCGGCAGCUGAUGGGUACGCUUUGCGAGAUUCUUCACUGCACGGAACAAGACGAACGGGUUGCACCGUAUCGGGAGGAACGCUUCCGGCAACACUUUGCCCGCUUCGCGCUGUACGGUGCGAUGGUGGCACUAAAUUUCAUUCCCGUAAUGAUGAGCGACCAGGAAGAAUGUGCGGAGUUUAGUGAACUCUUCGAGCAGGACAUUCAUAGCGAAGGCCUGCGGCGAUGUGCGCUGACCCUGGGUGGAGAUGUCGUCAAUCGGCGCAUUACGGCGGUUAUGCGGCACGCUAGCAAAAUGGGUUACAUGGACAACAUUUAACUUUAAGGAGGCACAUCGUCCUUUAUAAAGGAUUUCGUACGAUUCGAAAUAUAAAUUAGGUCAAAGUCGAUACAAAAAAAGUGGUCAACCUGUGAUGAAACGGUAUUAUUCGAAAAGUAUGACACCAAAUAGGAAAAGCUCAGUGCGAUCGGAGAAAAACAGAAUAAAUUUACCGUAAAAAGAUGAUAUUAAAUAAACACA